CUGACCGGCCUCCGCCCCGGAGCAUUCUGGGAGGUCGCGCCCGGGGGAGCCCCCUGACCAGUCUCCGCCCCGGAGCAUCCUGGGAACUCGCGUCUGGGGGAGCCCCUGACCGGCCUCCGCCCCGGAGCAUUCAGGGACCUCGCGUCUGGGGGAGCCUCUGACCGGUUUCCAACCCGGAGCAUUCUGGGAACUGGCGUCUGGGGGAGCCCUUGACCGGCCUCCGCCCCGGAGCAUUCUGGGACCUCGCGUCUGGGGGGAGCCCCUGAGCUAUCUCUGCCCCGGAGCAUCCUGGGAACUCGCGGUUGAAGGGGCCCAGGACCGGUCUCCGCCCCGGAGCAUUCUGGGAAUUCGCAGCUGAAGGGGCCCAGGACCGGCCUCCGCCCCGGAGCAUUCUGGGACCUCGCUCCUGGGGGAGCCCCCUGACCGGUCUCCGCCCCGGAGCAUCCUGGGAAUUCGCAGCUGAAGGGGCCAAGGACCGGCCUCCGCCCCGGAGCAUUCUGGGAACUCGCGCCCGGGGGAGCCCCCUGACCAGUCUCCGCCCCGGAGCAUCCUGGGAACUCGCGUCUGGGGGAGCCCCUGACCGCUCUCUGCCCCGGAGCAUCCUGGGAACUGGCGUCUGGGGGAGCCCUUGACCGCCCUCCGCCCCGGGGCAUUCUGGGAAUUCGCGUCUGAAGGGGCCAAGGACCGGUCUCCGCCCCGGAGCAUCCUGGGAACUCGCCGCUGACCAGCCCCCACCCCGGAGCAUUCUGGGAAAGAGCAUCUCUGGUCCAAAGGGUCCCCUGGGGCCUCCUCUCAUCCUUCCCGUCCCGUCCCGCUCCGGUCCCGGUCGGGCGCCAUGGCGGGGGUCCCGGCGGUGCGGAUCAGCAUCGAGUCGGCCUGCGAGAAGCAGGUGCAGGAGGUGGGCCUGGACGGCACCGAGACCUACCUGCAGCCGCUGUCCAUGUCGCAGAACCUGGCCCGCCUGGCGCAGCGCAUCGACUUCAGCCAGGGCUCCGGCUCCGAGGAGGACGAGGCCCCCGCCGCCCCCGGCCCCGCCGGCCCCGACCGGGACGCCCACGACUGGCCCGACGCCGCGGACCAGGACGACGACGAAGGGUUAGUUAAGUUUCAGCCUUCCCUCUGGCCGUGGGAUUCGGUGCGGAACAACCUGAGAGGUUCCCUGACGGAGAUGUGUGUGCUCUACGACGUCCUCAGCAUUAUCCGCGAUAAAAAAUUUAUGACUCUGGAUCCCGUCCUGCAAGAGUCACUUCCUCCUAAACAGAAUCCUCAGACUUUACAGUUGAUUUCCAAGAAGAAGUCGCUAGCUGGUGCUGCCCAGAUCCUCCUGAAAGGAGCAGACAGGCUGACCAAAUCAGUCGCCGAAAACCAGGAAAACAAGUGGCAGCGAGACUUCAACUCUGAGCUUCUGAGGUUGCGGCAACACUGGAAACUGAGGAAGGUCGGAGAUAAAAUCCUGGGGGACCUGAGCUACAGAAGUGCAGGGUCUCUCUUUCCCCAUCACGGCACCUUUGAAGUAAUAAAGAACACGGACAUUGAUCUGGACAAAGUCAUACCGGAGGAUUACUGCCCCCUCGAUGUCCAGAUUCCCAGUGAUUUAGAAGGAUCGGCGUAUAUCAAGGUUUCUAUUCAAAAAAAAGCUCCGGACAUCGGUGAUCUUGGGACAGUCAACCUCUUCAGGCAACCACUACCUAAACCCAGAUCAGGGUCCCCAUACUGGCAGACCAAACUGGAGGCCGCCCAGAAUGUCCUCUUGUGUAAAGAAAUCUUCGCCCAGCUCUCCCGUGAGGCUGUUCAAAUCAAGUCACCGAUCCCUCACAUUGUCGUGAAGAACCAGAUUAUUUCUCAGCCCUUCCCAGGUUUGCAGCUGUCCAUUUCCUUGUGCCACUCCUCCAAUGACAAGAAAUCCCAAAAAUCCGCAUCUGAUAAGCAAACCCCAGAGGACCAUCUUUAUGUCUUGGAGCACAAUUUGCAUCUGCUCAUCAGAGAGUUUCACAAGCAGACGCUGAGUUCCAACAUGAUGCCCCACCCUGCCAGCGCCCCUUUUGGACACAAAAGAUUGCGACUCUCGGGUCCUCAGGCUUUUGACAAGAACGAAAUCAACUCUUUACAGUCCAGUGAGGGACUCCUGGAGAAGAUCAUCAAACAGGCAAAGCACAUCUUUCUGAGGAGCAGAACUGCCCGAACCAUCGACAGUUUAGCCAGUCACAUCGAAGAUCCUCAAAUACAGGCACAUUGGUCCAACAUAAACGACGUAUAUGAAUCCAGCGUGAAAGUGUUAAUAACCUCUCAAGGCUAUGAACAGAUAUGCAAGUCCAUCCAGCUGCAGUUGAAUAUCGGAAUUGACCAGAUCCGGGUGGUCCACCGAGAUGGACGAGUGAUUAUGUUGUCUCAUCAGGAGCAGGAGUUACAGGAUUUUCUCCUGUCCCAGAUGUCUCAGCACCAGGUGCAUGCCGUUCAGCAGCUGGCGAAGGUGAUGGGCUGGCAGGUGCUGAGCUUCAGUAACCACGUGGGGCUGGGGCCCGUGGAGAGCAUCGGCAACGCCUCCGCCAUAACCGUGGCCUCCCCCAGCGGGGACUAUGCUAUUUCAGUGCGGAACGGGCCAGAGAGCGGCAGCAAGGUGAUGGUGCAGUUUCCUCGGUGUCAGUGCAAAGACCUCCCCAAAAGCGACGUGUUACAAGACGGGAAGUGGAAUCAUCUGCGGGGCCCGUUCAAGGAGGUUCAGUGGAACAAGAUGGAGGGGCGCAACUUUGUGUACAAAAUGGAGCUGCUCAUGUCGGCCCUCACCCCCUGUUCGUAACCAUCCCGCCCAGAGGAAAUCCCUCCGUCUGCCCGCCUCGACUUCCAGGCGGGGCGACCCUCAGACGAGGCAGCGCAGUACAAAUAAAAUAUUCAGGUAAUGUGGACGAAGGCACCUUAAAUGCCCGGUGCUGUCGAAAUGCCAAGAAAACGUUCGGGUUUACAGUUCUGUACAGAUGUAGGUAUCUUUUGCGGUUUGUGUUGUUUUGUUUUUUUCACUGGAAAAAUCACAAGUUGCUGUACCUUGAAGGUCUCAGUUAAACUGGAAAAAGGCUACUAAAGUGA